AUGGGCGACAUUAGCUCGAAUGGCCAGCAUAUGGACAAUGUUCCUCUCUGGAUCGACAACAAGCCGGUGCAGUCGGAAACCACAUUCAGCGUCAUAAAUUCGACGUCUCAGAAGACAGUAUGGACUGCAUCGUCUGCCAAUGUGGAACUUGCUCAAGCGGCCGUUGAAUCUGCUUCCAAAGCAUUUCAAUCAUGGGCGCACACCCAUCCAACAGAGAGAAGGCGCAUUUUCUUCAAAGCUGCAGAGUUGUUCAGAUCCCGACGGGACGAGAUUAUUGACAUCAUGGUUCAAGAGACCAAUUGCAGCAGACAAUGGGCUGCUGGAAUCAAUAUGCACAUGGGAGUUGAGUUCUUGGAAGAACUCGCCAGCCUUGCCACUUCUGCCUGCACUGCCCUGGAUCCCGCAAGUUCCCAGCUAACGGCGAAAGGUCGCUUGGCUCUUGUCUUCAAGGUGCCCUACGGGGUUGUCCUGGGGAUUGCGCCGUGGAACGCCCCCUUCAUCCUGGCAAUUCGAGCAGUAGCCACACCGAUCAUAUGCGGAAACACCGCUGUCCUCAAGGCGUCAGAAUUGAGUCCUAAGACUCACCACAUCAUUGGACAAGUUUUCCGCGACGCGGGCUUGCCGCCUGGAGUGCUGAAUAUCGUGCAGCACUGCCGAGAAGAUGCAGCCGAAGUGAUAAAUGCCAUGAUAUCGCACCCAGCAGUUCGAAAAAUCAACUUUACAGGUUCGACGGCGGUGGGAAGAAUCAUCGCACAGCAAGCUGGCCGUCACCUCAAGCCUGUUUUGUUGGAGCUGGGCGGCAAAGCUUCGUGCAUUGUCCUUGAAGAUGCGGACUUGAUCAAAGCCGCAAAGGCCGUUGUGAUGGGAGGGUUCUUGCACCACGGGCAAAUCUGCAUGGCGACGGAGCGAGUGAUCGUCAUGCGGGAGGUUUCCGAGCAAUUCUUGAAGAUACUCAAAACAGAAGCCGAAGCAUUUAUCGCCGGCAAUGCCGUGUCCACUGACGGAGCGAAGAGAACAGAAUCCUUGGUCGAAGCUGCAGUAGAACAGGGCGCUCAUCUAGAAUUUGGACAUGCCGCGCGUCUCAAUGCAUCUCUUCAACCAACAAUUCUCAGUGGCGUAACAAAGGACAUGGCAUUGUUCUAUACCGAGAGCUUUGGACCGACCAUCAGUUUGACCAUCGUCGACACUGUGGACGAAGCAGUUAGCUUGGCCAACGACUCGGAAUACGGUCUCUCAGCGAGCAUAUUUUCCCAGGAUAUUCCGAAGGCGUUGAAGUGUGCCAAACGGAUCGAGACUGGCGCCUGCCAUAUCAAUGCCAUGACGAUCCACGAUGAACCUUUUCUACCACAUGGAGGAGCAAAAGAGAGGACCUUACAACGGCACCCAAAGCACGAAAUGGCACCCGAUUCGACGUCUAAUAGCUUAGGGGGCACAGUCGCUCUGGUUGUCUCUGAAAAACAUGGACCGUUCGAAGUGAAAGAAGUACAACUGAAUGAUAUGCGACCCGAUGAGAUUGUGGUCCGCAUGGUAGCGACGGGUGUCUGCCAUACGGACGUGGCUACUUCCAUAGGGAAUAGAGGCCCUCAAUUACCAGCUAUCCUCGGCCAUGAAGGUUCCGGGGUGGUUGAAAAAGUCGGCUCUGAGGUGAAACAUGUGGUGGUUGGAGAUCAUGUGCUUUUGUCGUUCAACUAUUGUGGGAAUUGCACCCCUUGCCGUCGAGGAAACCCGGCAUACUGUCGACACGGGUAUCAUUUAUCUUUUGGCGGAUGUCGCCUGGAUGGGAGCAAGCCGUUCUCUCUCAACGGAGUCGAUAUCAACUCAACCUAUUUUGGCCAGUCUUCUUUCGCCGCUCGCUCCAUUGUGAGCGGAGUCUGCGCGGUCAAGGUCUCGCCAACCGUCCCACUAGACAUUCUUUGCUGUCUAGGUUGCGGAGUUCAAACGGGGGCCGGCACUGUCUUGAAUGUUCUCAAGCCCGGCAUAGGAGCAUCGGUUGCAGUAUUCGGAGUCGGCUCGGUUGGUCUUGCAGCGAUCAUGGCGGCCGCCAGAUUCACACCGGCCACAAAAGUGAUUGCGAUCGAUAUCGUGGACUCCCGUCUGCAGCUGGCGACAGAGCUUGGUGCGACACACACGAUCAAUUCGGCAGGGAAAGACGUGGUCGCAAUGAUCAAAGACAUCACCGACGGUGAGGGUGUCGAUUGUGCUCUCGACGCGACAGGCAACGUUGCUGUCAUCGAGUCUAUGAUUGCAGCAGCAGCCAAGAACGGAACAGUGGCAACAGUUGGAGGAGCUCCCCCAGGGAAGUUUGUUAAUAUUGAAGCGGCGGCGUGGAUAGGCAGAAACGUCAGCUAUGUUGGCUCAUGUCAAGGCUCUUCAUUUCCACAGACGGUAUGA